AGGGGAGUUCGGAGUUCGGAGUUCGAGGCUGAGCUCGGGGCUGGGAGCGGGGCUGUGUAGCCGCGACCAUGGCCAACCGCACGGUGAAGGACGCGCACAGCAUCCACGGCACCAACCCGCAGUACUUGGUGGAGAAGAUCAUCCGCACGCGCAUCUACGAGUCCAAGUACUGGAAGGAGGAGUGUUUCGGCCUCACGGCCGAGCUGGUAGUGGACAAGGCCAUGGAGCUGAAGUACGUGGGGGGGGUCUAUGGAGGAAACAUCAAGCCCACACCCUUCUUGUGCCUGACGCUGAAGAUGCUGCAGAUCCAGCCCGAGAAGGACAUCAUCGUGGAGUUCAUAAAAAACGAGGACUUCAAGUAUGUCCGAAUGCUUGGAGCGCUGUACAUGAGGCUGACGGGCACUGCCAUCGACUGCUACAAGUACCUGGAACCACUAUACAACGACUAUAGAAAAAUAAAGAGUCAGAACAGAAAUGGGGAAUUUGAGCUGAUGCACGUGGAUGAGUUCAUUGACGAGCUGCUCCACGAGGAACGUGUGUGCGAUAUCAUUCUGCCUCGAUUGCAGAAACGGUAUGUUCUGGAAGAAGCUGAGCAACUCGAGCCUCGUGUUAGUGCUCUGGAAGAAGACAUGGAUGAUGUAGAAUCUAGUGAGGAGGAAGAAGAGGAAGAUGAAAAGCUGGAACGAAUACCAUCUCCCGACCACCGCCGCAGGGGAUACAGAGACCUGGACAAACCCCGCAGAUCUCCCGUUGUGCGGUACAGGCGCAGCCGGAGCAGGUCUCCAAGGAGGCGAAGUCGCUCUCCAAAGAGAAGAAGCCCAUCGCCGCGCAGGGAGAGGCAUCGCAGCAAAAGCCCGAGACGGCACCGGAGCAGGUCCAGGGAAAGGCGCCACAGAUCCAGAUCUAAAUCUCCAGGGCAUCACCGAAGUCACAGACACAGAAGUCAUUCCAAAUCGCCUGAAAGAUCUAAGAAAAGUCACAAAAAGAGUCGGCGAGGGAAUGAAUGACAAACUAAACCCAGCACACAGUUUAAGGACCUUGAACUGCAGUCUGAUGCUGUCCAUCUGCUUUAUGGGACAGCUGGAUCUGUACUGGCUGCUUUAGCAGCCCAUUUCUUCAGUCAUUCUCUUGUGCGAGUCUUGUUUUCUGUUAGGAUUUUUUUAUUAAAAGGAAGUUAAGGAUACUUUUUAUGUAGUGAGUUAGUCAUCCUUGUGAUAGAAUUUGAGGAUUUUUUAAAUUGUAUUCCUUGAGACCCAUAAAAGCUAGUGAAGAGCAAUAAAAAAGGUUUGUCUUUCAA